GUUUAAUAAAUCAUGAAUAAAAAGGGUUCUAGAAAUACCACUCGCAGAAGUAAAUCGAGAAAAGGAAAAAAAGGACGAAAGCGAAAGCAUGACCCUUCAGUUUCCCGUAAGGCCAAAAAAACUAAAAAAACCCAACAAAAUUCGUCAAAAGUUUCGAGUGGAUACGUUGAAAGCAAAUCCGGCAGAGUUGAAGUAAAGCCGCAACGACUGAAGAAAAUUUCUUCUGAUAAAUCGGUAGUCUUCGUUGAAUCCUACCCUAAAACCAACAUUACCCAAAUUAUCGAUCUCUCCAAAAGUUCUUCUAGCAUACUCAACUCAGCAAGUUCUGCGAACACAUCGUACUACUCUGCAACUUCUCAUAGCACCCCAUCUCUGAUUUUUAUUUUCAAGUCAAAAAGUUUCAGAAAAGAAGCACAAAAAGCUACUUCACUUCUUAAUAUAUUGUCAAAAAAUGAUAAUUUUCGGAAUAGUUGUAGUGAUUACGAGUCCUUUUUUGACGAUGACACUGACGAUAGUGAAUACCCCUUUCAGUGUUUAUCCGGAGCCGAUCUAAGUGACGAGAUCAAGGAGAGUAUGAUUAACUACUUUGAUAAGAAAAAUAAAUAAUUGGAAUAGACGCAACUUUUGGGGGUGGUACUUUAAAACAACGGAGGAAACGGAACAAGCGUCGAAUCAUGAUUUUGAAUAAAUUUGAAAUUUUUAAUAACAA